CGGCUAUUGCUGUUCCUUUUCUGUUAGCUGUUCUCCAAUUACCUGAACCUCUGGACUUUAGUUUCGGAAUUUCGCUUGCUAGACGUGACUAUUUCUAAAAUGGAGAAAGACGCUUUGGCUCCCAACGUCGAAGACUUGUAUUUGGAGUCGUAUGCCUUCACCACCGCCGCCGCCAUUGUAGGCUCGGUAGACCGAAAGAUAUUUGUGUUGUUGAGAGAUGGCAGAAACCUCUUCGGCAUUUUGCGGACUUUUGACCAAUUUGCCAACUUGGUCUUGCAAGACACUGUAGAGAGAAUAUACUUGGAUAACGACAAAAAACAGCCCGAGCCACAAGAAGACGGCUCCAUAGAGCAGAAGCGCUUUGGUCAAGCCUACAGAGGCAUUUUCAUGGUCAGAGGCGAAAACGUAGUCAUGAUGGGAGAACUUGAUAUCGAUAGAGAAGAUGACCAUUUGGCAGAAUUGCAGCAGAUUCCAUUUGAAGAAGCCGAAAAGGAGUUGGAAAAGUCCCACGCUGAAACAAUCCGUAACGAGAAAACCAGAUCUAAGCAGUUUUUGGCUAAGGGGCUCAUCAACGACUUUGUCAAGUCGGACUUGUACUGAGACUGUUCACUUCUAGCAUGUAUGACUUACGUUUAUUCAUUGAUUGUAUAGUAUUUUUAAUAAAAGCAUUGCUUUGGUUGAAUGUGGAAUUCAUAGAAAGUUGCAUGAGAUU